AUGCCCCGGGCGGUCCAGAGCCCCGGGCUGGGCGAAGACCUGGAGAAGAAGGAGCCGAGGUUCUGCCACCUCGGGUGCGGUCCCCCGCCCCCUCGCCAGGUGCUCAGCCCCGCCGGGCGCUGCCGGAGCCCAGGACCGCAGGCGUCUCAGCCGGUUCCUGCGGGAAACGACUGUAAAUCCACAUUACUGUUCGAGCUGCCGCUCGGGCCCCAGCAUCGCUCUCCUCCGGUCGGUCGCGAUGGUGCUCUGAGCCGGCAGCCGCCGGGGCCAGGUACCGAACCUGGCUACUACCGCGCCAGCGGACGAUCGCUGCCCGGAGGGUGCUAG